GGCACCGAGCUGAGGGCCAGAAACACAAGGUGAUUUCAGAGCUUGCUUUCAUAGCUGAGUUUCCCGACACUGUUCUCAACAUCUGCUGAAUGCUUUUGGAGUGCAAGUUGAAGUGGUCCCCUGCGGUGUCCCAGUUCCCCAUACGGUAUUAGACAUCAAUCAGUGCGGCGACAAUAUGCUAACAGCGAAGAGAAAUUGUGUUGUCACCUGCAGUGGAAGCGUUAGGAUGCUUUCCGGUUACAAACCCAUGAGCAAAAGCCUCCAAGACUGCUACCGCCUGCUCAAUGUACAGGAGAACUGCAGCCAUGACGAAGUGAAGGAGGCUUACCUCAAACUGGUAAAGUUGCACCAUCCGGACAGUAGUUCUGGGGCAGAUCCUCGAAAAUUCAUCCAGGUGAAAGAAGCUUACAAGGCUGUAGUCAAACAUAUAGCCGAGAAAAGAAAGGCAAAGUCUGAUGAAAGAUCAGACGACGAGGAAGAACCAUCCAAAUAUGUGGCACCUCAACAUAGACAGUACCUUAGCUUCGAAGGCAUUGGCAUCGGGACGCCAAGUCAGCGAGAGAAACAGUACAGAAAAUUUCGGAUGAACCGUGCCACGGAGCAGGUCCUGGACUACAGAAAGCAGAAGCUACAAGAUCCAGAGCUUGAGAACACUAUGAUGGUGAAAGAUGUCCAGCAGAGCCGGAAAAUAAAGAUAACCCAAGCAGUGGAACGACUGGUGGAAGAUCUCAUCCAAGAAUCAAUGGCCAAAGGUGAAUUUGAUAAUCUAAGUGGUAAAGGGAAGCCACUGCAAAAGUUUUCGCAGUACCCAUACAUUGAUCCCAUGACUCAUAACCUGAAUAGGAUACUCAUAGAAAACGGGUAUCAACCAGAAUGGAUUGUCCAGCAGAAAGAAAUAAAACAAACUAUAGAGAAGCUCAGGAAUGAUAUGGUAGGCUAUCGAAGAAAGCUUGGUGAGUCCCUGACCCUCUCCAACCAGAAACAGUGGAAUCUAAAAUGUGAGCAGUUCAGAGACGAUAUUAAGCAACUUAAUAAAAUGGUAGAUCGUUUCAAUUUAAUUGUCCCUCUACUGAACAGGCAGAUGUUGCACUUCAAUCCAGAGAAGGAGCUUGCUGUCAUAUUGAAAGAAUACAGCGUAUUAUUGGAAGCAAGCAAUGCCACUUCAGAGAUUGUGGAAGAAUCAGCUGAGAGAACUGGCACAUCAGUAUAUGGGAAAAACAGCCUGUUUUCUUGGAUCAAACUUUUUCUAAAAUAAGGACUUAAGAAGUGAACUAUUAGCACCUUUAGUGAUCAGAAUGCCAAAGAUUUGUCAUUAGAUGUUAAUAUGCCUGUUUAAUUAUAACUAUAAUGUGUAUGGGAAAACAUAUCAGUUACAACAGGAAGAGGUCAUUUGGCCUUCCAAGCUUGCUUCCUCAUUCCUGUACUUAGCUCUGGCAUUAGCUCAUGACUCACCUGGAGCUCAGUCCCAUUGCUUAUGUUAGCUCUAUACCAUUUGAUACCUUUACCUAAUAAAAGACUGAUAACAAUCUGAUUCGUGAAAACUCUAGUUGCACCCUGAGAUGUUUAUAGGGGAAUAGAGUUCAUGUUUUUAACAGACAUUUGUGUGAAAGUGGUUCGGAAAAUUCCUUCCUAAAUACCUGCCUCAAAACACGUGGAUAUUUUCUUCUUCAGCCUUUCCAGGGUUGUUAUUGGAGCAAGUGGGAUUUGAAACCAGGCUUCCUUGUUUAGAGGUAGAGAGGCUGUAUUAUGCAAACUCAUUCUUGAUAUACCCACCUGUAUAACAGUUUCUCAGUAGCUACCAUUUUGGUCAAGUUGGUUCUUGUCUGUUCAUGAAUGAUUUUCACAGCACUGUUUAAUUAACUUAUAAAGUUUCUGUGCCCUUGAAUAUGAUGUUACCAAGAAAAAACAGCUUGUUUUUGGUAAUGGGUUGUUAGUAAUUAUUGUUGCAAUUUUAUUGUCUGAUGGGUUGGUGUGAAGCAUUCAAAGUGCCACUAAGUGGAAAUCUAUUUUAGUCUGUUUUUUUAAGUAGUUGAUUCACAAAAUGGAACUGUAGGAAUUUCACUGUUAACAAUGCAUAUUUUGUUGCACAAUAACAUGUUAUAUAAAAUCUCAGGCUCAGAUUUCAUU